AUGUCAAAAGUGACGGUGAAAUUGGUUGCAGCAGAAUCGCUGUACAAAAGAGACGUUUUCAGAUCGCCAGACCCAUUUGCAGUGCUCACGAUUGAUGGACUACAAACCAAGUCGACUGCAGCGGCUCGUAAGACCCUAAAUCCGUACUGGAAUGAGGCCUACACGUUUUCUGGUGUCAAUGAGAAUGGAAUUCUGACCAUUCAGGUUUUCGACCAGAAAAAGUUUAAAAAAAAGGACCAAGGGUUCCUGGGUGUUGUUAACGUUCGAAUUGGCGAUGUCCUGGGCCAUUUGGACGAGGAUUCCGUCGCCAGAUCGUCGCGCAGAGAAGAAACUAUAACCAGAGACCUGAAGCGCUCUAAUGACGGGAUGGCCGUCAGUGGACGUUUGAUCCUGGUACUAUCAACGGCAUCGUCAACCGCAGCAACGUCGUCUGCCUCGGCUGCUCGUUCGUCUGCCAACACCGGACCUCCGGGUGCUUCAAGCUCCAUAAAUGAACUCAGCGCUGCCACUGCUGCUACGCAUAUUUCGGGACCUGCUUCCCCCAAUUUAUCGUCAACACCUGCUCAAACGGUGGCUAACACUCUACAAAAUGGAACUGGGGUCCCCGGUUCCUCUACAGCGCCUAGCUCCAACACCGCAGCGUCUAGACAAUAUUCAUCUUUUGAAGAUCAAUAUGGCCGCUUACCACCUGGAUGGGAGAGAAGAACCGAUAAUUUCGGUCGUACAUACUACGUCGAUCACAACACGCGCACCACUACCUGGAAAAGACCAACGCUGGAGCAGACAGAGAGUGAGCGUGGUGACCAGAUAAAUGCAAACACUGAGCUGGAACGGAGACAACAUCGUGGCAGAACUCUACCCGGUGGAAGCAAUUCAGAAAGCGGUUCGUCUAUUGCUGUGCAAAGUAACAACGGCUCUUCCACGCCCAUGGUUAACGGUUCAGCCGCUGCCGCUCUUGCGGCAACGGGUUCCACGACUUCUGGUCUAGGUGAACUUCCUCCAGGAUGGGAGCAGCGCUUCACUCCUGAAGGUCGCGCUUAUUUUGUGGAUCACAAUACCAGAACAACUACUUGGGUUGACCCUCGUAGACAACAAUACAUCCGUACUUAUGGUCCUGCAAACACCACGAUCCAACAACAGCCCGUUUCUCAGUUAGGGCCUCUACCAUCGGGAUGGGAAAUGAGACUCACGAACACUGCUCGUGUUUAUUUUGUCGACCACAACACGAAGACCACAACUUGGGACGACCCACGUCUACCUUCGUCUUUGGACCAAAAUGUUCCACAGUACAAGCGUGAUUUUAGACGUAAGGUCAUUUAUUUCAGAUCUCAACCUGCUCUUAGAAUUCUUCCCGGACAAUGUCACAUCAAGGUUCGCAGAAAGAACAUUUUCGAGGAUGCUUAUCAAGAGAUUAUGAGACAAACGCCUGAAGAUUUGAAAAAGAGACUAAUGAUCAAAUUUGAUGGCGAAGAAGGUUUGGAUUAUGGUGGUGUUUCUCGAGAAUUCUUCUUUUUGCUUUCGCACGAAAUGUUCAACCCAUUCUACUGCUUGUUCGAAUACUCCGCUCAUGACAAUUAUACUAUCCAGAUAAACCCCAAGAGUGGAAUCAACCCUGAACAUCUAAACUAUUUCAAGUUUAUUGGAAGAGUGGUGGGUCUUGGUGUAUUCCAUAGAAGAUUCUUGGAUGCAUUUUUUGUGGGUGCCCUGUACAAAAUGAUGCUUCAUAAGAAGGUAGUACUGCAGGAUAUGGAGGGUGUCGAUGCGGAAGUACACAAUUCCCUCAAGUGGAUUCUUGACAAUAGCAUAGACGGUGUUUUGGACUUGACUUUUAGUGCUGACGACGAAACCUUUGGUGAAUUGAUUACGGUCGAUUUGAAAGCCGAUGGCAAAAAUCUGGACGUUACUGACGAGAACAAAAAGGAGUAUGUGGAGCUCUUCACUCAGUGGAAAAUAUACAACCGUGUACAAGAACAGUUCAAGGCCUUUAUGGAUGGUUUCAACGAGCUGAUACCGGAGGAUCUGGUCAAUGUGUUUGACGAGCGCGAGCUGGAGCUUUUGAUUGGUGGUAUUGCCGAGAUCGACGUCGAGGACUGGAAGAAGAACACCGAUUACCGUGGUUACCAAGAAUCCGACGAGACUAUCAAAUGGUUCUGGAAGGCCAUUUCCGAAUGGGAUAACGAACAAAAGGCUCGUCUGCUGCAAUUCACCACCGGUACCUCUCGUAUACCGGUCAACGGGUUCAAGGAUCUCCAGGGUUCCGACGGUCCAAGAAGGUUCACAAUUGAAAAGGCCGGUGAGGUCCAGCAAUUGCCAAAAUCUCACACCUGUUUCAACAGAGUCGAUCUUCCCCCAUACACCGAUUAUGAAUCUUUGAAACAAAAGCUGACUCUUGCUGUUGAGGAAACUAUCGGAUUCGGUCAAGAAUGA